AUGACAAUGGGUUUAGGGAGGAGAGUGUACGGUAUGGUUUUGUUAUCUUUGGUACUUAUGGCUAUUGUAACGAUGUCUUGUGUCAAAGCCACCGUCGAGGAAGAAGCAGCUAAGGAUGAAUCAUGGACUGAUUGGGCGAAGGAGAAGAUCGGUCUCAAGCACGAAGAGAACAUCCAACCUACUCACACGACUACAACCGUCCAAGACAACGCUUGGGGAGCGACUGAUAAGGCCAAGGACGCUAAGGAUGCUGCCAAACGCAAAGCAGAGGAAACGGUUGGAGCGGCCAAGGAUAAAUCCCAGGGGGCUUACGAGACAGCGAAAUCCAAAGCCGGCGAGACUAUUGGUUCCGUGAAAGACAAGGCAUCUCAGAGCUAUGAUUCAGCUGGUCAGGUUAAGGAUGAGACUAUUGGUACCGUGAAAGACAAGGCAUCUCAGAGCUAUGAUUCAGCCGGUAAGGUUAAGGAUGACGUGUCUCACAAGUCAAAACAAGUUAAAGAUAGCUUGUCUGGAGAUGAGAAUGACGAGUCGUGGACUGAUUGGGCUAAAGAGAAAGUCGGAAUCAAGCACGAGGACCAGGUGGGGGAGACGGUGUCAAAGAAGGCUAAAGACGCCAAAGAAGCGGCUAAACGCAAAGCAGGGGACGCUAAGGAGAAGUUGGAGGAAACGGUUGAGGCGGCUAAGGAGAAAGCGAGCGAUAUGACGAGUGCGGCUAAGGAGAAGGCAGAGAAGUUGAAGGAAGAAGCUGAGAAAGAUAGUAAAUAUGCGAAGGAGAAGGCUAAAGAGAGUUACGAAACGGCUAAAUCCAAGUCUGAUGAGACUUUGGAGUCUGCUAAAGACAAGGCAUCUCAAAACUAUGACUCAGCUGCUAAGAAAUCAGAGCAAGCUAGAGAUACCGUGUCGCCCAAGUCAAAACAAGUUAAAGACAGCUUCACCGACGAUGAUGCUGAGCUCUAA